AACAGCUUCUUGUAUAAAGAUACGACCAUGUUCAAGACUUCUUCCUAGUAAGGCUCACAUACCCACCUACCUAGCGACUUUCGCCAAUCGUCAAUAUGUUUGAGAUUGAAUGGGACUCGAAUACGGACGCACACAGCCGUCACCGAUAUCCGUACAGGCACAAAGCCUCUACCAUCCACGGAUGGGUAACCAAACUGCGCGGUACAUUGCUGGACAAUGAGGCCGUCCGCAGACAAGGCAUUCGCGAGAUGCAGGAUGCUAAACGAGCGCGCCAAUGGAGGAAGCAGCGCAAAGCUGAGCGCAGGAUGCGCAGCUCAGGCCGUACGAAUGGUUUUCUCUCUCUCUUUACGGGCUCCAGAUCCCUCAAGAAGAGGUCGCCCAAACGAUCGCAGAGUACUCGAGCAGUCGUCGUUCACCGCGAUAGUUCUCGCCACCGCAGCCACAAAGACAAGCAACCCUUCAUGCACUUCCCCAACCGGACGAAACCUUCACAUCACGGUAGAGGUACCGUGCUCCGCGGUUACGUCAUGCAAGACAAGAAAAUGAUCUCGAGGGGCAAGUCUAUGAAUCGUAAGGCCGCUAGGGAGAGGGAUCAUGAGCGGAAGAGAAGGGAGAAGCGCAGAGAGAGGGAAGCAAGAGCAAUGAAGCGGCGAUAGCAGGGCACUCGGACGCACUUGUAUAAGUUAUUCGCAACUUGUAUCAUUAUUAUAAUGAUGUAUUUGUAGAAGUGCUCGUGGUGGGACAGGGACGAUCAUGACUAACGCAUGUUGUACAAUUGCAGACAAGAAGAUAGACUGUGGCGGCCUUUUACAGACAU